AUGAACGGUGGCGAUAUGUCAAGCGAUGCUGCACAGGCUGGAGACGGGUCAGGUGGCCGCGUCCCCGACUUCGAUGACAUGGCAGUCUUGUCUGAUUUGGCAGUUCCCUUCGUGGUGCAGUGGUCAGCGGAUGAAAGCCAUCGGUUGCAAUUGGAUGUAGCCCUUGCGGGCGUGGCUGCUAUUUGUUUUGCGGUCAGUUCGAAAAUACAGUGGGGCGCCUUGGCGAUUUUCUGUGCGAUCGCCUCUCGGGCAUUGAUACCAUGCGAGGAAGCACAGGUGGAGCUAUCGCCAUUGCACUGGCUGGUUGUGCGGCCAUAUUCGCCGUCUGUGGUUAGCUUCGUAGGAUCUUUGUCCGAUGAGAAGAAAUGUCUAUUGACUUUCCAACUGUCUGCUGGACUCAAUGUCCUGGCAGCAUGGAUUGCCGAUCCGUCGCCUGCGUUAACAAAUGAUCUCCGAGAUUUCUUUGAAGGACCUCGUGUGAUGCUGUUUGAUUUAGUGACUUUGGUGACUGCUGCUGCUGGAUCAGCAGCAGUCGCCGAUGUGAUUGAUUCCGCUCCGGUGUUCCGUGGCAAAUUGCCCGCUGCUGCUGUGAAGACAUGGCGUUCGCUUUGGCCGGUGCUGCAUCAGGCGGCGCUGUCCCCGGUGCGAGCCAUCCGCCUCUUGCUGGUGGCCAUAUCACUGGCCAUGGCGGCGCAGCCUUGCGCUUGUAUGCUGGUAUGA